AUGGCAAGCUCAGCAGUCUGCCUGACUCCGGUCAAGAACCGCUCCUCCGUCUUCAACACUCGUACCGCUGGCGGUCGGAUACCAUUGACGCCCUCUCCCCGCACCCCCCGGACACAGACUCCCGAUGUGCAGGCACACGAGUCGAUCCAUGGCGGCAACUUCAUGGCUCGCAUCCAGCGCUCCGUCUCCAAGACAACCCGCGACUCCCCCAAGUCCAACAUUGCUCGCAACCACACUCCCCGCAAGCUAGAGCUCGGUGUAUCAGAAUGGUCGCUCACCGGAACUGGUACCAACGCCUCAUCAAAGGCAGCUACCAAGGCAAAGAAGGAGAAAAAGGAAGGUGUCAUCCGUGCUCGCCCUACCAAGACCCGCAUCACAUACAACGCUGCCGACCGUUUCAUCCCCAACCGGACUGCAAGCGAGGCCAUCCGCAGCACUGGCGCAGGCAAGCUCGAUGUUGAGCAGCGUCCCAAGUCUAGCUCCAAGGCUGAGGGCUCAGCUGUGCUGGCCAACGCUGCGAGCGCAUUCGACCUUGGUGGCCGCGGUUCAGAGGAGGAUAUCACACUAUCUCUUGAGGGCCUCAGCCUCGACGACGAAGAGGAGGAGGGCCGGUCACGCGCGAAGCCUGCUCCUGGCCAAGCUGCAUACCAGUCCACACUCGCUUCAGCAUGCGAUAUCAACACCAACACCCGCAUUCUUGCAUUCAAGCCUGCGCCUCCAGAGUCAUCCAAGCCCAUCGACCUUCGCACCCAGUACAACCGUCCCCUCAAGCCCUCCACCGCCGCGAACGCACAGAGCCGUCGUCGCAUUCCGUCAGCACCCGAGCGUGUCCUCGAUGCUCCCGGUCUGGUCGAUGACUACUACCUGAACCUUCUCGACUGGUCCUCUGGCAACCAAGUCGCCAUUGGUCUCGAGCGCUCCGUCUACGUCUGGUCAGCCGACUCCGGUUCCGUAGCUUCUCUUCUUGAGUGCCCUGCGGAUACCUACAUCUCUUCCGUCAAGUGGUCCGGUGACGGUGCCUACGUUGGUGUCGGUCUCGGCACGGGUGAGGUUCAGAUCUGGGAUGUCGAGGAGCAGACCAAGCUUCGUAGCAUGUUCGGUCACGAGACCCGUGUUGGUGUUAUGGGAUGGAACAAGCACAUUCUCUCGACUGGUGCUCGCUCAGGACUGGUCUACAACCACGAUGUCCGCAUCGCUCAACACAAGAUCGCUGAGCUCGUCUCUCACACUGGAGAGGUCUGCGGCCUUGAGUGGCGCGCCGACGGUGCCCAGCUCGCCACUGGUGCCAACGACAACAUGGUCAACAUCUGGGACGCUCGCGCCCUUGCUGCCCCCAAGUUCACCAAGACCAACCACCGUGCUGCCGUCAAGGCCGUCUCAUGGUGCCCUUGGCAAUCCAACCUCCUGGCCACUGGCGGUGGAUCCAACGAUCGUCAGAUCUACUUCUGGAACACCACCACCGGUGCGCGUAUCAACCACAUCCCCACCGACUCCCAGGUCACCUCCCUUCGAUGGAGCACCCACUACAAGGAGAUUGUCAGCACCGGUGGCUUCCCCGACAACAGCUUGAGCAUCUGGAGCUACCCCUCCGGCGUCAAGAACAUGGAGGUUCCCGCCCACGAGUCCCGUGUCCUUCACAGCUGCCUCAGCCCUGAUGGUCAGAUGCUCGCUACCGCUGCUGCCGAUGAGUCUCUCAAGUUCUGGAAGAUCUUCGAGAAGAAGCCCGGCCAGCCUUCCGUCGCCGCUGCUGGCUCUGCUUCCAUGAAGCCCAGCGCCACCAAGCAGAUGACCAUCCGUUAA